AUGAUUGUGAACCACAACGGACAUCUGACCUUUAAUGCACCAUGGUAUAGUUACAUACCUCAAAGGUUUCCGAUGUAUGGAUCCAGAGACAUCAUUGCUCCAUUCUGGACAGACAUAGACAACAGAGGCAAUGGUCAGAUCAAUUACAUGCAAUACACCAGCGGCACCGUUCUCCAACAAGCUACACGACACAUUAAUGCGUACUUCCCAGGACUGAGCUUUACUGCCAGCUGGGUUUUCGUAGCGACAUGGUAUGAGGUGGCCUACUAUUCGUAUAGUGGAACACGAACAACAUUCCAGGCAGUCUUGAUCUCUGAUGGCCGGUACUCAUUUGUACUGAUGAACUAUGGGACAAUCGCCACACCUAGAAGAGGAGUAGAGGCGGGAUACGACACCAACAACUCUACUCACCAUUUCUCCAUCCCUGGAACAUACUUGGGUAAUAUAACUAGCAUUCCCUCAGUCACCUCAGCUCUGCAACGGUUCGUUCAAACUGCACGCCUGAGCAACGUCGGCCUACCUGGUCGCUUUGCUUUCCGGGUGGACAGUGGAUCAAGAGGCUGCACCUUCAACGGUGCAACUGUGCAGCGUGGUGACUCCUUCUGGAGUGACCGCACCUGUACUCAGAAGUGCACCUGCACCUCAGCAGGCCUACAGUGUCGCAACCAGCCAUGCUCCUUCUCACAAAUCUGCCGGCCAACCUCCUUUCAGUUUGCCUGCCAGACGGUGCAGAGACGCACCUGCACCAUAAGCGGUGAUCCACAUUACUACACCUUCGAUGGCACAGUGUUUCACUAUCAGGGCACCUGCACCUAUGUUCUCUCAGAGCAAUGCAAAAAUGGGUUGCCCUACUACAGAGUUGAGGGCAAGAACGAACACCGGGGCAGCACUCGUGUUUCCUGGACACGAAUGGUCAGAGUUCAUGUCUACAAUGAAACCAUUGAGCUUGUAAAAGGACGUCGUGGUGAGGCCAAGGUUAACGGAAGCUUUGCAGCAACUCCGUUCUCUCUUAGCAAUGGCACCAUCCAGGUUUAUGAGUCAGGUUUUUCUGUGGUCAUCAGCACCGACUUUGGCUUGGAGGUCUCUUAUGAUGCUAAUCAUUAUGUCCGAAUCAGCGUGCCCCACACCUACUUCAACGCAACAUGUGGACUAUGUGGAAACUUCAACAAUCACCGUGGAGAUGACUUUCGGACCCGCCAAGGCCAGAUUGUGACCUCUGAUGUGGUUUUUGCCAACAGUUGGCAAGUGUCUGGGGAUGAUGAGCCUGGAUGUGGGGCGCGAUGUGGAGGCCUGAACUGUGCUGCCUGCACUAACACUCAGACAGCAUUAUACAGCAAUGCUGCUCAUUGUGGUAUCCUCGGGAGCACGCCUGGACCUUUUGCUGCUUGCCAUCAACAAUUUCCCCCACAGAGCUAUGUGGACAGUUGUGUAUAUGAUCUGUGUGUAGGGGGAGGGUAUCAGCCCAUUUUGUGUCAAGCUCUGAAUGUGUAUGCAAGUCAGUGUCAACAAAAUGGAAUCCUGCCGCAAAGCUGGAGACGAUCUGGAUUCUGUGAAAUCCAAUGCCCAGCAAACAGCCACUUUGAGUCCCAAGGCACAGGAUGUCCACCUACCUGUGUUAAUCCCAACUCCACCGACAACUGUCCUCUCCCUGCCCAGGAGAGCUGCAUCUGCAAUCCAGGCUACGUCCUCAGUGGAGGGGUCUGUGUCCGUCAUUCUGACUGUGGCUGCAGCUUUGAGGGUCGUUACUACCGCUCUGGAGAAACCGUAAUACUCGACAAUGAUUGUGGAAGACGCUGUAGCUGCAGCUUUGGCUCCAUGACUUGUCUCUCCCACAGAUGUGGCCCACUUGAGUCAUGCAACGUGGAGGAUGGAGAAAGAGGAUGCAGACCAAACAGCUACGCAACCUGCUGGAUAAGGGGCUCAGGGUCAUAUCGUACGUUUGAUGGACUGACAUACCAGUACCCUGGGGCUUGUCGCUUGACCGUUUCCAAAGUCAUAGGAUCGUCUAAUCAAUCGCAGUUUGUGGUAACAACAGAAAGAGUGCCAAGACGCCAGCAGGGUUUUUCCAAUGUGCUAAAGAUUGAGGCAGAGGGAACACAAGUCUCCAUUGAGAUGGCACCGAGCAGCAAAGUUCAGGUUGAUGGUCAGCUGAUCAGACUACCUUUCAGCUCUGCUUCCAACCGAAUCCACAUCUACCACAGCAGCAUUCACAGCAUCAUCCUUCACACCUCUUUUGGUGUAACUGUGCAGACAGUCUGGCCUCGCUUUAUUCGUCUCACUGUACCCAGUAGCUACAACAGUUCACUGGGUGGACUCUGUGGAAACAACAAUGGUAACCCACGUGACGACUUCCGCACACCCAGCGGUACACUGGUCAACAGUUCUCAGGCCUUUGGGGACAGUUGGCGAAAUGGCUCCCUUGCUGCACAGUGCGUGGAAAGCAUCAAUCACAAUUCUACAACCAAUUACAGUUCCAGUGAGUACUGCGGCAUUCUUACCUCACCACAGGGGCCCUUUGCACCGUGCAACGCCACAGUGGACCCACAGCAGCAGAUGGAUACAUGUGUGAACAUACUCAGGGGCUCUACAGAUCCAGCAUCAGCAUUGUGUGAGGUCCUUAGAGAUUACGUACUCAUGUGUCAACAGAGGGGCGUUACCUUAGGACAGUGGAGAAACGCAACUGCCUGUGCACAAACAUGUCCUUCAAACAGCCAUUAUGAGCUCUGCGGAAGCUCUUGUCCGUCUGCCUGCCCAAGCCUCUCUUUCCCCUUCACCUGUGUCACUCAGUGCCAGGAUGGGUGCCAGUGUGAUGAUGGGUUUGUCCUCAAUGGCAAUCAGUGUGUGCCACCAACAUCCUGUGGAUGCUAUCACAACGGACGCUAUCGUGAAGGUGGUGAGCAGUUCUUGGAUGGAGAAUGUCAGCAGUUGUGCACCUGUAACAGCAUUACUGGGCUGGUCCAUUGCGUCAACAACUCCUGUGGUCCCCAGCAGUCCUGCCGAGUUGUGGCAGGUGAGUUGGGCUGCCACGACAUCCCUCGUGGCACCUGCUCUGCAUCUGGAGACCCCCAUUAUCUCACCUUUGAUCGGAAGCCCUAUGACUUUCAGGGAACCUGCCGCUAUGUCCUGGCCACUCUUUGCAACGCCACUCAUGGGCUCCACCAAUUUUCUGUGGAAGCUAAGAAUGAGCCAUGGAAUGGGUUGCCAGUUUCAAUCACAGCUGAGGUUUUUGUGAAUGUGUGGGGCUAUCAAGUACACAUGUCCAGGCACAGGAGGGGUGUAGUAGAGGUAAAUGGAAUAACAGGUAAUUUACCAGUUCUCUUGAAUGGCAGUCGUGUAUCUAUCUAUGCAAGUGGAUCUCGAACAUUUGUCACUUCGGAUUUUGGUCUGAGUGUCUCGUACGAUGGAUGGAGUACAGUGGUUGUCUCCCUGCCUUCAAAUUACAGUGGACAAAUGUGCGGACUUUGUGGAAACUUCAACGGAAACCCAAAUGAUGAGUACCACUCUCCAAACGGAACAACAGUCACCACUCCUCAUGCGUUCGGGGCGUCCUGGAAGGUACCAGGUAACUACACCUGCAGUGACGGCUGCGGCUCCUCCUGCCCUCGAUGCACCAAUGAACAGCCCGCCAGAGCUCAGUGUGAGGUGAUCAAAGCAGCUGAAGGCCCCCUCAGCUUCUGCCACGAGCAGGUGGACCCGGCGCCGUAUUUCACCGACUGCGUGUUUGACGUAUGUGUGUCUGGAAAUCGAAACCAAGACCUUCUGUGCAGGGCCAUUCAGUCAUACGUCAGCGCCUGUCAGGCUGCUGAUGUUCGCAUCUUCCCUUGGAGACAGAACACCACCUGCAGACUGGACUGUGCAGCCAACAGUCAUUAUGAGCUGUGUGGAACAGACUGUGGUCGCACUUGUGCCAGCAGCACUAAUGCCACCUGUGAGCAAGGAUGCUCUGAGGGAUGUUUCUGUGAUGAAGGUUUCGUCAGGAGUGGGUUGAGGUGUGUCCCUGUGCAAAGCUGUGGCUGCCAACACAACGGCUUCUACUAUGAUGCUGGUGAAGCCUUCUGGACAGACGGUUGCUCCCAGAGAUGUGAAUGUCGUGCUCCCAAUGACCUGCGCUGUUCUCCUGCAUCUUGCACUCCCACACAACAGUGCACCAUCAGAAAUGGCCAGCUGGGCUGUUAUGAUGCACUGUCUACUUGCACGGUGUGGGGAGAUCCACAUUACAUCAGCUUUGAUGGAGUAGUGUCUCACUUUCAGGGCACGUGCUCUUACAUUAUUACCGAGAGUGUGCGCAACAGGACCGGCGAAACCCAGUUUCACGUAGCAGCCACCAAUAACCACCGUGGCAACAACCGUGUGUCAUUUGUUUCUGCGGUGGAUGUGUACAUCACGUAUCAAACAGAGAAUGUGCAUGUCAGGAUUGGACCCAACAAAAGAGUGAAGGUGAAUGGAAACACGACAUCUCUUCCCACCACUGUGGGGACCUUAGCUCAGGUGGUAAGACAGGGAAGCUACAUAGUCCUCAAUUCAUCUGACCUGAUUGUCCAGUUUGAUGGCCGGAGUACUUUACUGGUCAGAAUCGGCCCACAGCGUAGAAACAGAGUCACUGGGAUGUGCGGGAACUCCAACGGCAACUCGUCAGAUGACAAAGUCUUGCCCAACGGCACAGUGGCGCGAAAUGACAAUGAAUUUGGACGCAGCUGGAAGGCACCCACAAGUCGAGCAGGAUGUGGAUCCACUGAUGAAACAGGCGACGAUGGAUUGAGUAACUGUGCCUUUGUGGCAGAGUACGCUGAGCUCUGUAGUGUCAUCACCAACACCAGCGGCCCAUUCAGUCCCUGCCACCUGCACUCUGACCCUCAGCUAUUUUUCGACUCCUGCGUCUACGAUCUCUGCCUCUACACUCCAGCCAACGGCAUGCUGUGUUCUGCUGUAGAAGCCUAUGAGAGAACCUGCUCUGUUUUGGGGUUAAACAUCACUGACUGGCGCUCCGGUUUGCAGUGUGCUGAAUCAGACCCUUGUGAAGAGCUGGACUGCACAGAGAAUGAGUGGUGUGGUGAGAAGGACGGUGUUUACGACUGCUUCUGCGACGAACACCAUCAUCGAUCCAACAACGAGAGCUACGACUCGGUUAUCACUUGUGAGAACAGUACAGGCACCAUGUCUGUGUCUCGCUGCCAGCUGUUUGAAGCUGGUUUCCACUCCAGCGCCCUCCAUCUCCGAGAUGAUUCCUGCAACGCGACCCUGCAGGACGGACGCCUGGUGUUCCACUUUGACAACGACGACCAGCUGUGUGGGACGGUUCUCAGGAGCAAUGGAACCCAUUUCAUGUACGAGAAUACUAUCCGGGGUGAUGUGGAUCCUCACGGAGGUAUCAUCAGCCGCCAGAGGAACAUCAACUUACGUUUCUGCUGUGAAUAUCCUCUAAAUGCGGCCCUGUCGAUGGCUGUGGGCAUCAACCCUCUAGAGAGCAUUGUGAGGAAGAAGCUUCCAUCUGGUUAUGGAGAGUAUCAUACGAGAAUGAUCCUCUACCAGGACGCUGGUUACCGCUUCCCCUUCAUCGGCAACCAAACCAUAGACGUAGAAGUAGAUGAGAGGGUUUAUGUGGAGGUGCGGACAGAGAGAGUUGACCAAACUCAGUUCUCCACCAUUAUGGAUUCUUGCUGGGCGACGCCAGUCAACAUCGCAAGCUACCCUGUCCGCUGGGAUCUCAUCACUGAAGAGUGUCCCAAUGCAGCAGAUGGAACAGUGGAAAUGCGGCAGAACGGCAACUCCACUGUGGCCCAAUUCUCCUUCAAGAUGUUCUCCUUUACCAACUAUUCAUCCCUUUUCAUGCACUGUCAGAUCCGCCUGUGUUUCCUGAGGAACAACAACUGCUCAGCUCACUGCUACCCGGGUCACCACAGGCGAGUUCUGAGGGAUCUGUCCCACGGCGGCAGCGUGGACAUCUCAGUUGGACCGAUAGUCCUGAAGAGUGGUUCAGGCCAGUUGACGUCACUGGUGGUGACCCUGCUGGUCAGUUUGCUGACCGUUAAAACUCUGUUCUGAGGAGAAUAGAGAUUAUUCAUAUUUUAAGCUUGGAAACUGGGAUUGUAUUUCUUAUUGAAAGGCCUUUUCCUUGAGGCCUGUUUUAUAUAGUCAUGGGGCAAGUAGAAAUAAUUUUACUUUACAACAAUAGAGGGCAUCAUCAUGCAGCAUAAUAAAGUUAGAAUCAGUUUACUGUGUAUAUUUAUCAAUGUAAUCAUGGUGGCUUUGUAGAUAUUCUCAUCCUUAAAUCUGUUAUAUUAAGUCAUAUUACAGGUAAGUAUGUCUCAAGAAGGUUAAAAGAAACAACAACAAUAAUAAGCUAAUCAACAAUAAUCAGAAUGGGGCUUUAUACCAACGUCACAUUGAAGUGAAUGUAGUACCCAAUGCAAGAUUAGAUGAACCAGCUUCCUCUGAGACAGUUCGAGUUGUCGUAACAUCCAGUUUAUAGUUAGGCAAAAACUCUCAGAUGAAUGUUGUGACAACAUUGUUUUUGCCCUUAUUUUACCUCCAAAUCUCCAAAGUUUGUGGUGUCCCUCCUACGCAUGAAAGAAUGAAAAACAAGUACUGCUUCAGGCCAGCCGACAUCAGUCCGAGUCAGUUUGCUGACAGGCAAAACGCUGCUCAAGGAGGAUCAAACACAGGCAAACGUACAGUAAACAGAAGAGUAUAUACAGAUUACACAACAACAUAUGAAUCAGUCAGCAGGAGCUUAAUGAAAGAACAUAGAUGUAGGAACCGUUUGUUAUGUUGCUCCGCUGCGAUCCACUUAAAGAAGAAAGAGGGGCUUGUUUUAAAGCAAUAAAAUAAAAUGCAAAUGGGAACGAUGAAUGAUGGAGCAGGGCAGAAAAAGUUGUCUCCUAGUUUGUGGAAACACAUUCGUUAAAUUUGCUCCCAGUUUGUCUCAGGUUGUGGUGAUUUUUCUUUGCAACAUUAGAGGGCAGCAUAAGCUCAAAUACACGUACUGUAUGACUCACUAUUCACCUUUAUGUACUCAGUAUAAUGGUAAUCAGCUGAAUCCUUAGGUGCUUAAAAUUAAUUUAUCACUAAGUCUGUAUUUUAUUAGUGAUAAGCAUAAAUAAUGAAGGAGAAAUGAAAAAUGAAGUAAUGUUUGUGUGGCGUGUAUAUAGCAAAACAUGUAGCCGGGGCUUUACAUUAUUAAAUACUUGGAUGGCGAUUAACAUCCUUGAAUCUUUUUUAUUUUUAAAUAAAAAUGGUAUUUACUUAA